AUAAUACGAGUAAUAUAUUAGAAAAUUAAUCAAUCAAUUAACAUAUCAAACCACCUGUGUUGUGUUGUGCUGUGUUGUAUUUUGUGUCAUGUCGUGUCGUGGGGGUUAUUAAUUCUCCUCCCCUCUCGUCUCGUCUCCUCUUUCUCUUAUGUAUUUGUUAUGAUUAUUAUGAGAUCAUCAUCAUCCGGAUCCUAAAGUAAGUAAUACACACAUAUACAUACAAAAAACAGCUUGUAUCCAUCCAUCCAUCCAUCCAGAUGUUAAUUAUUCACUUACUUUCCUAAAUUUUUAUAAUUCCUCUCCAAAUUUCUGAUCGGGUUUGCCCUAUUUUUCAUUUUGAAAUCCUAUUUUCAUAAUUGUUUCUGCUGUUUGUGUAUUUGAUUCUGAUAUAUAUUUUAUAUUGUAUAAAUACACAACAAGAUAGAUAGAUAGUGGUUGCCAGCCUUGAUUUUUUAUAAUCAGAAUCAUGUUAGUUGCUGAAUAGAUGACUAGUAGUAGGAUUGUUACGUCACAAUGACGAGUAAUAGUAAUAGUAGUAGGAGGAUACUAGUAAGAAGAAGAAGAUUUGGAUUAGAUGGAGGAGGGGCCUCCAACUUCCUCCUCCGAUCCACCUCCCACAUCCACAUCCACAUCCACAUCCACAUCCACUGCUAAUAAUAAUAAUAAUAGAAAUCUGUCUUCGUCGUCGAGGAGGGAGUUUUGGAUGCCGGAUCACAGUUGCAGGGUAUGCUACGACUGUGAUUCCCCUUUUACUUUAUUCAACCGUAGGCAUCAUUGUAGGUUUUGUGGUCGUGUUUUUUGUGGCAACUGCGCUCUUCUUCAUUCCCUCCCUUGUUCUACUACUGAUCACAUCAGGCUCUGUAAUUACUGUUUCAAGCAAUGCCAGCAGCAGCAGCAGCAAGGUGCUCCUGAUCACGACUCCACUUCACCAUCCUCUUCUUCUGCCAGUUUUAUUACUACCAAAUCAAGCGACACUGACACUACUAGCUUUACUUCUGCACCCACCUCUUUUCAUAACAUGGAUCCCCCUCCUUCAGCUUUAAGGAACCCUCCGUCCGCUUCCUUCGUCAACAGGGGAGAUGACUUGAGUGAAGAAUUUACUUAUUUAAGGCUUCUUUCAGAGGGGGAUGAUAAUAAUGCCUAUUAUGACGAUGAUGAUGAUCUACAAAUGGAUGACUACGGUUCCCGCAAAGUGCACCCGGAUGCUGAUUCUACCGGCAGCUCUUAUCUUCACAACACCUACGAGUCGAGGUGCUCCCAACAGCAUGACAACAAAGACGAACACGAUGUUAUCGCUGAAAAUGAAGCCUCCUCGUCUUUAUAUGCUGCACAAGGCAUUGAUGUUGAACCUGUGGAUUUCGAGAAUAAUGGAGACCUAUGGCUGGCUCCUGAACCAGAAGAUGAAGAAGAUGAGAGGGAAGGACUUUUAUAUGAUGAUGACGACGAUGACGGUGGACAGGAUAACGGGGAUGCUGUGGGAGAGUGGGGGUAUAGUAAUUCCGGGAGUGGAGAGUUCCGCAACAGGGAUAGGUCAAAUGAGGAGCACAAGAAAGCUAUGAAGAGUGUAGUUGAUGGACACUUUAGGGCUCUAGUUUCUCAGCUAUUGCAGGUUGAGAACCUAGGGGUAGGUGAUGAAGACAAUAAAGAUAACUGGCUUGAAAUAAUCACAUCUCUGUCAUGGGAAGCUGCAUCAUUGCUUAAACCUGACACGAGCAAAAGUGGUGGGAUGGACCCUGGAGGUUAUGUGAAGAUCAAAUGUUUAGCUUCUGGACGUCCUUCUGACAGCAUGGUGGUGAAAGGAGUUGUUUGCAAGAAAAAUGUUGCUCAUAGACGGAUGACAUCAAGAAUAGAGAAGCCACGAUUUUUGAUUCUUGGAGGGGCCCUUGAGUAUCAGCGAGUUUCUAACCUCCUAUCAAGUUUUGAUACUCUAUUGCAACAGGAAAUGGAUCAUCUAAAGAUGGCUGUUGCAAAGAUAGAUGCACACCAGCCUGAUGUUCUUCUGGUAGAGAAAUCAGUGUCACGUUAUGCGCAAGAAUACCUUCUGGCGAAAGACAUAUCCCUUGUUUUGAAUAUUAAAAGGCCACUGCUGGAGCGAAUAGCUCGCUGCACUGGUGCUCAGAUAGUUCCUUCGAUCGAUCAUCUUUCAUCUCAGAAAUUGGGAUACUGCGAUACAUUUCAUGUCGAAAAGUUUCUAGAAGAACAUGGAACUGCAGGCCAGGGUGGCAAGAAGCUGGUCAAGACAUUGAUGUACUUUGAAGGCUGCCCAAAACCCUUUGGCUGCACUAUAUUACUGAGAGGUGCGAGUGGUGAUGAACUGAAGAAAGUGAAGCAUGUGGUUCAGUAUGGUGUAUUUGCAGCCUAUCACCUAGCCUUGGAGACCUCUUUUCUUGCUGAUGAAGGAGCUUCACUUCCAGAACUUCCUUUGAAUUCUCCACUAACCGUUGCACUUCCUGAGAAGGCAUUAAGUAUUGAGCGGUCUAUUUCAACAAUCCCUGGUUUUACUGUUCCCUUGAAAGACACUGAACCACGAGGAACAAACAGUCUCCCCAUGUCAGACGUGUUCUCUUCUAUAAUGAGCCAGAAGUCACAAACGACGCUGUUGCCAGUUGGAUCUAAUACUCAUAAUCAUCAAAAUGGACCCCUGACUUCCAUUGGUUCUGCUGUGCUUUCAAAAUCGGAUGUUUCAGAUGUUAAUGAAGCUGAGUCUUCUUCUAUUAGUGAACAUCUGGAGAUGGGUACAUUAGAAGCAAAGGAUUCCCCUGAAGCAAUUAUUUCUAAUGGAUUUGAGCACCCCAGGGUACUAGGUGAUUUGCUUGAAAGUUCAAAAACUAGUGAUGGAACUGAAAAUCUUGACCGAUUCUUGGAUGGAACAAAUGGUUCAAAGGAAGAUUUUCCUCCAACACCAUCAGAUAAUCAGAGCAUACUGGUAUCCUUGUCAUCACGAUGCGUGUGGAAAGGGACUGUUUGUGAAAGGUCCCAUCUCUUUCGCAUUAAAUAUUAUGGAAAUUUUGAUAAACCAUUGGGACGAUUUCUUCGAGAUAAUUUGUUUGAUCAAGCUUAUAGAUGUCCUUCAUGUGAAAUGCCUUCGGAGGCACAUGUACAGUGCUACACCCAUAGACAAGGCACCCUCACCAUAUCCGUAAAGAAGCUGACAGAAAUACUCUUACCAGGAGAAAAAGAUGGUAAGAUCUGGAUGUGGCACAGGUGCUUAAAGUGUCCACGGGUUAAUGGUUUUCCUCCUGCAACCCGAAGAAUUGUGAUGUCAGAUGCAGCUUGGGGCUUAUCAUUUGGCAAGUUUUUGGAGCUUAGUUUUUCUAACCAUGCUGCCGCUAGUAGGGUUGCAAACUGUGGUCAUUCUCUGCAUCGUGACUGUCUUCGCUUUUAUGGGUGUGGCAAAAUGGUCGCCUGCUUCCGCUAUGCAUCAAUCAGUGUUCAUUCAGUUUACCUUCCUCCUGCCAAACUUGUUUUCAGGAAUGGGAAUCGGGAGUGGAUACAAAAUGAAGUGAAUGAGGUUGUUACCCGGGCUGAGCUAUUAUUUUCAGAAAUUCUUAAUGCCCUGACCCAGAUGGCAGAGAAGAAACUUGGGAAGAGUUCAGUUAAUAGUAGCCCGUGUAUGCCACAGUCAAGACGUCAUAUGGUAUAUCUGGAAGAGAUGUUACAGAAAGAGAAAGCAGAAUUUGAGGAAUCACUUGAAAAGAUUUUACACCAGAAGGACAUGAUUGAUAUUUUUGAGAUUAACCGAUUGAGAAGACAACUGCUCUUUCAAUCUUACGUGUGGGACCACCGAUUGGUAUAUGCAGCUAGUGUUAUGAGUAACAGUCCUCUAGAUGAUCUGACUGACUUCAAAUGUGAAAACAUGGAUAAACCAAAUGAGUCACUUGUUGAUUCAGAUGUAGGCGAGACUGUUGCUAAAAAGCAAAUUCAGUCUGAAGUUUUGGAUAAAGAAACUCAAGUGGUUGUAGAUUCAAGUCCUAAAGAAGAAAAUGAGGUUAGUUUUGAGAAAUUUGAUCCACUAAUAGGCAAGACAAGUGUCCCUAGGGCUGUUUCUGAAGGGCAGCUGUCUGUCAUGGCAAGUUUGUCGGAUACCUUAGACGCUGCCUGGACUGGUAAUCAUCUAGGAUCUGAGCUAAUAGAUUCAGAUGAUACGGGAGAUCAUGGUGAAGACCAUACAUCAUCACUUCCAUCUCCUGCAUCAUCUACAAGAGGUUCUGAAAGCAUAGAAGAUUCGUCGAGUUGGUUUAGCAUGCCAUUUUUAAACUUCUAUCGCUCUUUGAAUAAAAAUUUGUUACCAAGUUCUCAGAAACUGGAGACGCUCAAUGAUUAUAGGCCAGUCUACAUCCCAUCCUAUCGUGACUCAGAACUCCAGGGUGGAGCACGACUUCUUCUAGCCGUGGGGAUCAAUGACACGGUUGUUCCAGUGUAUGAUGAUGAGCCCACAAGUAUUAUAUCCUAUGCAUUGCUCUCGCAUGAUUAUGUUUCCCAGAUGUCUGGUGAACUAAAAGACGGGGAAUCGAUUUUUUCGUCACAAUCUGCAGACUCAGCAAUGUUUCAGUCAUUCACCAAUUUUGAUGAAGCGACAUUGGAAUCUGUUAAAAGCAGUGGAACUGAGAGUCUAUUAUCUAUGUCAGGAUCUCGUGGGUCCUUUGUUUUAGAUCCAUUGUCAUACACAAAGGCUUUGCAUGCUAGAGUCGAGUUUGCAGAUGAAGGACCUCUUGGUAAAGUCAAAUACAUCGUGACUUGUUACUAUGCAAAACGGUUUGAAGCAUUAAGAAGGAUUUGUUGCCCUUGUGAACUAGAUUAUAUUAGGUCUCUUAGUCGUUGUAAGAAGUGGGGUGCUCAAGGAGGUAAGAGUAAUGUUUUCUUUGCAAAAACAUUAGAUGACCGGUUCAUAAUCAAGCAGGUUACAAAGACAGAGCUGGAGUCGUUUAUCAAGUUUGCUCCUGCAUAUUUCAAGUAUCUUUCUGAGUCGAUUGGUACUGGAAGCCCUACUUGCCUUGCAAAGAUUUUGGGCAUUUAUCAGGUGAGUAAGCAAUUGAAAGGAGGGAAAGAAACCAAAAUGGAUGUGCUGGUUAUGGAGAAUCUUUUGUAUGGAAGAAAUUUGACACGGCUUUACGAUCUUAAAGGAUCUUCGAGGUCACGGUAUAAUCCUGAUUCCAGUGGGAGUAAUAAGGUUCUACUGGAUCAGAACUUGAUUGAAGCAAUGCCAACGUCUCCAAUAUUUGUUGGAAACAAAGCGAAACGAUUGCUGGAAAGAGCUGUUUGGAAUGAUACUGCCUUCCUUGCUUCGAUUGAUGUGAUGGAUUAUUCGUUGCUGGUUGGGGUAGAUGAAGAGAAUCAUGAACUGGUUUUAGGGAUAAUUGACUUCAUGAGACAGUAUACAUGGGACAAGCACCUGGAGACAUGGGUGAAGACUUCUGGGAUUCUUGGUGGCCCGAAAAAUGCAUCUCCAACUGUGAUUUCACCAAAACAGUACAAGAAGAGAUUCAGGAAAGCAAUGACAACUUAUUUUCUAAUGGUUCCAGAUCAAUGGUCUCCUCCUGCUGUUGUAACAACCAAAUCGCAAACAGAUCUUUCUGGAGACAAUACUCCUCAAGGUGAUGCCGACUGACCGAAGGUUGUAUAUUUUUAAAGAUUACUUUUUGGGAGCCAAGUCCUUUUUGAUUUUGCUCUUCCAGAUAUAGUAGUGUCUAUAAAAUCAUUUUUGAGCUUCAAUAUGUUCACAAAAAGAUAAGAGUGUAAUUUGUUGCAAGCAAGAUGAAGAUAAAAAGAGAAAAAAAAAAGGCUAUUUGUUAGAAAGCCAUGUGGGAGGUAGUUAUUAAUCAGCCUCUACCCACCCAAACCCAAGAAAGUUUUGUACAUCCAAGUGUUUGUUCGUUCUUUGUUGUAUGGUUGGUUCAAAUAUGUAUGUAUAUUCUAUUGAUAGUCAUUUUGUUAUCUGUUGCUGUUA